AAAAAGUAAAACCUAAAAAGAAAUGAGUAAGAGUAGUAACUGAUUUAGUUAUAAAAUUAUUCCACUUUGCAUUGACACUAAAGUACUCACAUCUAUGGGUUGGAGAAAAAGAUGAACUGCUACAAUACUAACUUUGUGCCUAAUACCCAAGGUGUUGGCGAGACCCAAGUUCAAGCCAUGCCAAUGACUCUCCUUGUGCCGAGCCAUGCUCACCUUCCCGAAGGAAGGGAAUCUGCCUGUUCAAGUGCGUGGGAUAAUUGUUUAAUAAACGAAUGAUAUACUCUCUGUCUUAGAAAACUGCAACAUUUGAAUUGAGAUGCAGUUUAAAAGAAGUCUUUGAAUAAUAUGAAUUACGUAAAUUACCCCUGGAUUAGACAAAAUAUAGAGAAUUUGCGGGCCAUAGUCAUCUCACUAAUAUCUUGUAAUGGUUGCGAAUUGGCUAAUAGGUAAAAGCGAAUUGAAAUCUUACUAAAAGGAAAUGUUGCAUUUCUUUUGGCACUCCAAAAUAGGAAGUGCUGCAUUUUAACAGAGGGAGUAAUAUGAUUUAUACCAAAGAUUGAAUUAAUCAAAAUACAAGUCAAGACUCUGAGAAGUUUAGGUUACCUUGUUGGAAGUUUGCUGUCUCUCCUAGAACUCUUUGUUUCCUGACGUUGCUCUUUCUAGUUUCUAUAUGAUAUUUUGUUAUUUCUAUAUAUUUAUAGGGACUAGUGAGAAGUGCCCAGCUGUAGUUAGGAGCCUUACCAACAUUUCAUCCCUAUCUGUCUGUCCAACAAUCGGAUAGCAUUAAAAACAACUAUAGUUAGGAGCCUUACCAACAUUUCAUCCCUAUCUGUCUGUCCAAAAAUCAGAUAGCAUUAUAAUUUUUAUCUAUUUCAAAUCUUCAUUUUAAUCUUAUUCUAGCAAAUAGCCAAUUACCCAGCAAGCUAAUCUAUUUCAAAUCUUCAUUUUAAUCUUAUUCUAGCAGUUAGCCAAUUACGCAGCAAGCUAAACCAUAAGUAAUUGACAACUAUAAUAUGAUUUCGAAAGGCCAAUUAUUAACUCACUUGUACACUAUUUUCUACCCCUAGCAGAUGAUUGUAUAGCCAUUGUAAGCAAUAUUCAUCUUCUUAACCUCAAAUUUCUAAAUAUCAUCAUCAUGACAACUACUCCACUUUCUAAAUAUCAUCACCAGGUUGAAACCUUCUAUCAGUAUGUGAAACAAUGUUAGAUAACUACUUUAACUACCUGAGUUACAGUUCAUGGUAAGUCGCUUCAAUCUUUUAUUUGCUACAAGACUCUUCAGGUGCUGCUUUCCUGUCCAAGCUCUUCAUUCUCUGACGUUGCCAUACUAGUGAUUUGCACCCAAAGGGGAUUGUGACUUACUACAUAGUGGUCCUUCCAUUGAAUGUAGUCAGUUAGGAAGUGUUUGCCACUAAAUCCUUUUCUCUUGAAAUGCCUAUGCACCUACACAACAGAUUGGCGUUAUUCAGCUUUUUCUAUCAUGUUGGUAUGCUAUGGAAAUAUGUAGUGGAUUAGACGCUUCAUUUGCUAAUGCACCAAUUCUAUCGUAUCUUAAGCUACUUUAUUAUCUGCGAGUGUGUGUCAAUCUUGCUCUCAUUCAUCAGCAAUUAUUUUUCUGUGGAAGCAUAAUUUUCGGUUUUUGAUGCUGGAUUACUAUCUCUUUCUUUCAUGGUAUACUGAUUUUAUCUUCAAUCUAUUGUGAGGAUAUAGAUAAUAAAGCAGCCAUCAGGUCCAAGGCAAUCUGAGAAGACUCCCACGCGAAGGCUUCUUCAGGUCAUUGGUAUGGUAGACUGCCUUCAUUUUUGUAAUAUGAUACUCGGGUACAUGAAAAGAUAUGAGGAUUAUUAUAUUUUCUUUUCGUCCUCGAACAAAACAGAGACGUGCAGUCUUUGAGGCAUUACUUAGGUGUGCCAGGCCUGUAAGGCUUUGGGAUAUGUAUACUUUUUCUUCCGGCCCUUCAAGAUUCAGUAAUAGCAGUCCUAGAGUGCGGCUAGUGAAUGAAUACUUGCGGCUCCUUGGUAUGGAAUCACAUCAUUCUGACAUAAGCACCAUCGAAGAUGGUUCUUUCGAAGCGUCUAAUGACUGGUGGAGGAUUAGCGACGUCAAUGCAAAUUAUGACAUGUGUGCAACUUACCCGUUUUCUUUACUAAUACCAAAAUCCAUUAGAGAUGAGGAUGUGCUGCAAGCUUGUAAAUUUCGUGCCCGGUGUAGAUUGCCUGCAAUAUCAUGGUGUGAUGCACGUAAGUACUGGAUUUCAGUAGUCAUUACAAUUUACAUCGGCACCGGAGCUGUCCUUGCACGAUCAUCUCAACCAUUAGUUGGUCUGAUGAUGAAUAUGAGAAGUAAUGCUGAUGAGAAUCUGGUUGGUGCUCUCUGUACUCAACUUUCUGGUGGAAAGGGAGGACGGAGGAAGUUAUAUAUAGCUGAUGCGAGACCCCGGAAAAAUGCCUUGGCAAAUGGGGCAAUGGGAGGUGGUUCAGAGUCAUCUUCUAAUUAUUUCCAGUCUGAGAUUGUAUUCUUUGGGAUCGAUAAUAUCCAUGCCAUGAGGGAGAGUCUUGUUCGUCUCAGGGAUUAUCUGGAUACACAUGGAACUAAAUCAUCAGAUGGAAUGUCGUCAUUCUUGAGACAUGGUGGAUGGACCUGGGGUGGAGGUAAUCUCAGCAGUAUGUCUGCUUCUGUAUCAACCCUUGGUGACAGUGGUUGGUUAAUACACAUCCAGAAUGUACUGGCUGGCUCUGCUUGGAUUGCUGCCCGUGUUGCAAUGGAAUCGGCAUCUGUGCUUGUUCAUUGCAGUGAUGGAUGGGACAGAACAACCCAGCUAGUCGCCCUAGCAAGUUUGUUACUUGAUCCAUAUUACCGCACCAUAAAGGGAUUUCAGGCUCUUGUGGAAAAAGAUUGGCUUGCUUUUGGCCAUCCAUUUUCUGACCGGGCUGGAAUGCCAAACUUAACAGGGAGUGGUUUAGAUUUACCCAGGCAGUCUUCAAGUUCAAAUUUCCCAUCAUCACCUAUACGCCAAGCACCUGGAACAUUCCCAUCCCAAUCUUCUGCGUCUUCUCAGACACAAACUUCAAACAAUUAUUCUCCAAUAUUUCUUCAGUGGAUUGAUUGCGUCUCCCAGUUAUUGCGAAUGUACCCUUUUGCAUUCGAGUUCUCAUCGGCAUUUUUGGUUCAUUUUCUAGAUUGUAUGCUUUCUUGUCGUUUUGGGAACUUCUUGUGCAAUAGUGAAAAAGAAAGAGAGCAAUAUGGUGUUUCUGAGGCAUGUGGAUGCUUGUGGAUGUAUUUGGAUGAUUUACGUGCUUCAGGGGGACGUUCUCAUGUGCACUACAACCUCUUCUAUGAUCCGUCUAAACAUGAUGGUCCUUUAUUGCCGCCGGCUGCUGCUUUAGCACCGACGUUAUGGCCUCAAUUCCAUCUUAGGUGGUCAUGUCCUUCUGAAGCUCAAUCGGGGGAGGUUGAAGCUCAAUGUAGGAUUAUGAUGGAGCAGAUCUCUGAACUUCAAAAGGCAAAGGACGUGGCUGAGAGAAAAGCCCGAGAAAUGAUUUCAACAAUGGAGGCCAUAAAAGUCGAGAUACGCACUGAGAAGCAGACUAGCAGCUCGGCCAUGAAUUUGGCAAGAAAAGCCAAUCGGGAAAACGAGAUCAUAAAACGAGCAAUACAAUCGCUCGGCUGCAGAAUUCAAGUAUCAGGGAACGACGAUUGUACAAUCGACAUUGAAAGCAACCUAGGUGAUCUACCACAGAGAAUAACAUCUUCUCCUUCAACAAGAGAUUCAGCAGAUUCCAAUGAAGAAAAGACGAAUAUGUCCAUCUCUGUUACCUUAACACCCGAUAGUAACGAUGACAUUCCAGGGAACCCAAUCCUUCGAGUUUGUGAAUCUUUGUGCCCGUUAAGGACACGAGAAGGAGGGUGUAAGUGGCCGGAUGCCGGUUGUGCUCAACUGGAGAGCCAAUUUGUAGGUUUGAGAGCUAACUAUGAUGCAUUUGACCGGCUAUCGAUCUACGAUGGCUACUUUCAGCCCGAAUGAGUAAUAAUAGGAGUAGUUGUACGGUGCUGACAUACGGCAUGUUGUACAGUUUGAGCUUCUUUCCCAAGGAAGGAACCACUGGGAGUUUGGGUAGAGAUUCAUUUAAGAAAGAAGGGUCUUAGUUUCUGAGUACACGAUAUGGAGGAAAAUGGAAAACUUGUCACAUUAUGUUUGCUAUCAUUGUUGGAGUCGGUCCCACUUUGGCUGGACUUGGACCAAUUGUUCGUGUUGGAAGCAAAGGGCUCUUUUGGAAUGUACAGAGGUGGGUACGACUGUUGCGGUUUUGGGGUUUGGUCGUCGGGUCAGAGGAUUGGUUGGUGUCGUUGUAUACCUUUUCUAUAUUUAGUAGAUUCUGUACAGAUUGAUUGUUGGUAGAUGAAAGUAGAGAUGUAUAAAUAGGGAAUUUGAUGAUGAAUUUUGUUGGUUAAUCAAGCGAUGACGUUUCGUAUAAAUGUAGUGGUUUCAGGCCACUAAUAAUAAUUGAAACAUGCGACGUGAACCAGCCUCGUCUGGUCCUUGGUUCGAUCCGAACCAUUCUUGA